AACAACCCAACAACAAUAUAACAACAAAUGCAUGCAGAAAAUGGCUGGAGUACAGAUAAGAGACGAAUUUGGAAACCCAAUUCCACUAACUGAUGAACUCGGUAACCCUGUUAAGUUAACUGACGAACAUGGCAAUCCUAUCCACCUUACUGGUGUAGUAACCACCGCCCCCACCGCUACUCUUGAUAACCCCACUAGAGGUUCCGGUACGGCCACCACUGCUCUUAAUAAUCCGACUGCAGGUUCUGGUUUUGGAACUUCUGGUACGGCCACCACUACUCUUGAUAAUUCCACAGCAGGUUCUGGUUUUGGAACUUACGGUACUGGUGCUUACGGUGGUGGUGCAACUACACACACUAAAACAACAGUGGCAGAUCUAAUUUCCACCGAACCAGCCAGACAGCAGGUCCAUCACACCGAUCAGCCUGCAGGAAGAGGACUCCAUCGUUCCACCAGUUCAAGUUCAAGCUCUAGCUCUAGCUCAUCGGAGGAUGAUGGAGAAGGUGGGAGGAGGAAGAAGAAAGAAGUGAAAGAUAAGGUAAAGGAGAAGCUUCCAGGAGGAGGAGGAGGAAGAAACAAGGACGAGCAUAAUUCAGAGACAACUACUACUGUCCCCCACCCAACGGCAGGGGCUGAGGCAAGUCAUCAUGAGAAGAAGGGUAUACUUGAGAAGAUCAAAGAUAAAUUGCCUGGCCACCACAACCAUUGAAGUUAUCUAUUUCUAUAUAUUUUCUGUGUGAGCGUUCUAUAUAUGUAAAUUAAUCUGGAUGAUCUCUUUAGUUAAUCUAGUUUGUGUGUAUUGUACUAAAUGACUAAUAUUGAGUAUUUUAAUUUAACCUUUUCAGAGGUUAUUAAUAAAUUGACUCAUUAUUGAUA